UAUAAUUUGGCUGCAUAUGCAUAUGUCCAUUAAUUGUUCUUUUCUUGGGUCAACCUUGAUUUUGUGAAGCACUAUUUUCUUUUUUAGAUAUGUGGAAGCCAGUGAGAAGCUUUGUGUUGGUGUUCCUGUUAGUGUUUCUUUUAGUCUUGUUAUUGUUUUCAUUGUCCAUUUCUUCUCAAUUUAAAAGCCCAUCUACUAGAUUUAGAACCACCUUCAAAUUCAGCCAAUAUUUUUUUAAUUCCAAUGUCACAUUGGCUACCAACCACCAGCUACUCCAUUUUCAUUUUCAUCUCACCACCAGGAAAGUAGCUGGAAAGUACGAGACAGCUGCAACUUUGACACCUGAGUGUUCCAAUAUGAGGAAGGAUUGCUACAUUCGAGGUCCACUGAAAGAAGAGUUCACAUUUCCUGAAAAGUCUGCUCCAUUUGAUAAUUGUCAUGCCUCUACCAUUGUUGAGGUGGACAAGGAUCACUUUUUGGUUGCCUAUUUUGGGGGUACAUUGGAGGGAGCACCAGAUGUGAAAAUUUGGUUACAGACAUACAAAGAUGGUUUUUGGCAAUCACCCGUCAUCGUUGAUGAACAACCAGAAGUUCCUAUGUGGAACCCUGUACUAUUCAAACUAUCGUCAGAGGAAUUACUACUUUUCUAUAAAAUUGGUCAAGAAGUCCAAAAAUGGAGUGGAUGCAUGAAGCGGUCAUAUGAUAAAGGUGUUACUUGGACAGCAAGGGAACAACUCCCUCCUGGUAUAUUAGGACCAUCAAAGAACAAGCCUAUAUUGCUAGAAAAUGGGCUCUUACUUUGUGGAUCAUCAGUAGAGAGUUGGAAUUCUUGGGGAGCGUGGAUGGAGGUAACAGCAGAUGCUGGUAGAUCAUGGAAAAAAUAUGGCCCAAUUUACAUUGAAAAUACAUCUCUCAGUGUGAUUCAGCCGGUCCUAUUCCAGACUGCAAAAGGGACAUUGCGUGUUCUACUCCGAUCGUUUGAUGGCAUUGGCAAAAUUUGUAUGUCAGAAUCUCUUGAUGGUGGCCUGAAUUGGGGAUAUGCAAAGCUCACUGAACUUCCCAAUCCAAACUCAGGUAUUGAUGGAGUUAAGCUAAAGGAUGGCCGCCUCUUACUUGCAUAUAACACAAUCUCAAGGGGUGUGCUUAAAGUUGCUAUAUCUGAGGAUGACGGUGAUUCAUGGUAUGAUGUUAUCACACUGGAGGAAAAUCUGGAAAUGGAAUUCUCCUAUCCAGCUGUUAUUCAGGCUAGUGAUGGAUCUGUUCACAUCUCUUAUACCUACAAUAGGACACAGAUUAAGUAUGUUGUCCUUCAACUAAAUUGAUACAACGCACAUUACUAAGUAAUUCAGAUGACAGUUGUGAUGACAAUUUGAAGCCAGCAUUUCAAAAGGAGGAAAGGACUUGUACAGCGUUCAUGCAGCAAUUAUAGGCUUUCCAAAGAUGAAAAGCUUGUGUUGUAACAAAACCACGGAAUAUCUGAACUGGUUUUGCCCAAAGGAUAAUCAUCAGAGAAAUUCCUGCAUCCCAGGUUUGACUUAGUUCUGUAAAUUGAAGACAAAGACCUUCACGAAAGAGAGUAUCUUGCUGCUGUCAAAUUGUCUGUUGUGUGCUCCAAAGUCCAGAUAUAUAAUUUUUUUUAUAAGUAAUAAAUAAAUAAAUUUAAUAAUAUUGGCCAAGUGAACUACAUAUGGUCUUAUGCAAGCAUUGAAAGUAAACUUCUUAAGAAUCAGGGCUAAUGUUUGGACAAUAGGAGUCCCUUUAUGUUCUCAAAGGUGAUAAGAUGACAGUUGAUUGCAUUGAGAACAACAACAAAAACAAGAACUUAUGAUUAAAUGUACUGUUUGUACUA